AUGGGGAUGCACACGGCACACGCGUUCAGCCAAACACCACCACCACCAGCAGCGAGAGCGGCGCGCACCGCUGCCAACGCUGCCACCACGCCCGGCAGUCUAGAGGCCGCUGCCGUGGUCCCGGUGGACGCGGCGGCGACGCUUUACUUCGUCGUGUUCCCGUGCAACUGCGCCCCAAUCUUCCACUCCAACCGCAUCCCGCUCGUCGAAGACGCGCCGCCGUACGCCGUCGGCGACGUAGUGUACCUCGGCCGCGCGGAGGAGGUGGCGCAGCAGAAGUUGCAGGAGUUGGCCUUCCCGCUCGGCUUCGGCUGCAAGAGCGCCGAGCUGCGGAGCGGGCCGCUGUGGAGCUGCCGCCUCGAGUCGGUGCGGAAGAAGGGCGAGGUGCGCUACCACCGGCUCAUGAUCACCUCGACGUUUGUCGUACUUGUCGCUUCUGAAAGCGGCGAGCUGCGCACGAUGCAGACGAAAUACGCCGCCGCGGCGCUCGUCAUCACUUGCCCACCGGACACCUCGCAGUACCAGUUCCUUGUGGAGAAUUUCGACAGCGUUGUGCGGAAUAUGCUACACAUUGCACUCGACUUCGCAAUGGAGGCGGCACAGCUCUUUUUUGUCAGGCUUUCACGCACCACCCCAGCGGAGCAGCUGAUGGCGGAGCUGGAGAAGCACCCGAGUGCGCUGAGAACGUACCACACGCUGGGGGCUGUACUUGCCAACGCCUUUGGCAGCACACAUACUAUUCCGCGGCUGCACAGCCGUAUUGGUGAACUCACUGUUACCAGUCCGCCGCGUACUUCCUCGAGCAAACCACAACAUGUGAGUGGUUCGGUGGGUUCCCUGCUGUACGAUGCGCUGGGUGGGCUUUGCCGCUUUAGCGAAGAAUUUGCCACCAGCGUGGUCGCUGGAUUGUUGUCGUUGUCUAACUGGGAGGGAUGCGGCCUCGUCCGCUUCAGUGCCGAGGAUAAGCAGCAGCAACUGCAGCAACAGAGCGGGGAUAAAGACAUUUACAGCGAUUAUUGGAGGGAAAUGGAGGAGCAGGAGGCGAAGAAGGUAGGCGGUCCCCUCUCAGGGGUGCAGGAGGAGUGCAACACGAACGACAUUGCCUGCCCCUGCCGUAGCGGAGCCCCUCAGAAGCAGCAGAAGCAGCAGCCAGACACAAGCUCUUCACCAAUGGUAUCCUCAGCCAUGUCCGCAACUGUGCGUAGUGCGCACGCGAGUGACACUACGGCCACUGGUGGUGAUACGAUUGCUACAUGCCCACUCUCUUCGCAGCGUGUGGGGCGCGUAGUGAUUUUUUGCACGGAUCCAGACCUGGCGCGCUCUCUUCUUAUUACGGCCGCUUUCUUCUUUCGUGACCGUUGUAUCACCGCUGGUGCGUCGCUUCAAUCACGCGAGUUCAGCCCAUUCGCUGGUAAAGUAGAGUCGUGCGCCUAUCCAUCGCUGCCGGUGCAGUGGGUGAUGGAGGAGUACGAUCCGAAUCGCGCGGACCCGCUCCUGUGCUUGCCUCACACCGUCGAGAAUGCGUUGCUGAUCAUUGCGCCGCGCACGUUGCUGUGUCGACGCCUGCGUUUCUCGAAGACGUUCACCUCCAACCCCAUUCUUGUGGAGAGGUUUAAGGAGCGCCACCAGCUGGUGCACCCAUUUCAGCGGCAAACCCUUGAAGCGGUGCAAAUGCUUCCGGAUGACACGAUACGCGCAGUGUUGCGUCAGGCGCGGUGGCUGCAGAAAAGUAGCGGCGGUGCGGUGAGUUGUGCAGAGUUUCUCGAGUCGUCCAUGGUUCGCCUCAUGCGGCAUAGCCGUGCGUGCCGCCUGCUGCUGCGGGAGCACCUUAAUCAUAAUGAUCAUGAUCAUCAGCAACAUCAGCAGCAGCAGCAGCAGCAGCAGCAGGAAGAGUUGGUGUCCUCUUUUUUCCUUGGUUCCUUUGGAGGAAGAGAGGAGAGCGGUUCUCACCUGUCGCACUGCAGCUCGCUCUCAUAUUUGAAUUCCCCGACCUCACUGCGGUAG